AAUUUGGCCAUGAACCUGUGACAUCCUUAACAAUAUCCAACGAACAGUUUUGCCAGUAACAGUAACAGUUGAGAGACCAUGAGUUUAUUCGGCAAUCUGGGCGUUUCUUCCCCACCUAUGAAUUCCUUCGUCUUCUCAAACCCAACUUCCACCAACAUAGGAAGGAAAUUUUCCUAUUUGAUGCAGACUAGAACUGUAACUCAGCCACUGCCAACUGCCCAGAAAUCAAAUAGAGAUUUACAAGCAAGAAUUUCGAGUUUAAUGGCUGUAGACAAGACGCAAAGACAAAUAUUAGUUGAUAUUUUGCGUGAUUCUGCCAAUAGAAGAUCUGUAGAAGCAACACGAGCUGUUCAUGGUUUUGUGUUGAAGUCUGAAUUUCCAGAAUCAGACUUGUUAGUCCUGUUAAAUCACGUAUCGCACGCUUAUUCAAAAUGCAUGGAUUUUGCCACUGCUCAUCGAGUGUUUGAUAAAAUGUCGGAAAGAAAUAUAUUCUCUUGGACUGCUAUGAUUGUUGGGUCGACAGAGAAUGGGUUAUUCUAUGAUGGGUUUAAGUUCUUUUGUGAGAUGAUGAAUCAUGGAAUCUUGCCGGAUAAGUUUGCGUAUUCUGCAAUUCUUCAGACAUGUAUUGGUUUGGGUUGUGUUGAACUGGGUAAAAUGAUUCAUGCUCAAAUUGUUGCGCGUGGAUUUUCAUCUCUUACUUUUGUCAGCGUAUCUCUUCUCAACAUGUAUGCAAAAUUGGGCUCCAUCGAUGAUUCAUAUGAAGUGUUUAGUGACAUGAGAGAACAUAAUCAAGUCUCCUGGAAUGCAAUGAUAUCAGGGUUUACGUCAAACAACCAUCACUUAGAAGCGUUCCAAUUUUUUCUGAAAAUGAAAAAUGAGGGAAUUUCACCCAAUAUGUAUACCAUAAUUAGUGUCUCAAAAGCUGUUGGUAAAUUAGGUGAUAUUGACAAGGGGAGAACAGUUCACGCUUAUGCUUCCGAACUUCAUCUGGAUUCUAACGUAAAUGUGGGAACUGCUUUAAUAGACAUGUACUCAAAGUGUAAGUCUUUGUCUGAUGCAAGAUCUAUUUUUGACUCCAAUUUCAUUAACUGUGGAAUCAAUACCCCAUGGAAUGCAAUGAUUUCAGGCUAUUCGCAAUGUGGGUAUAGCCAAGAAGCUUUGGAGCUUUUUGUAACCAUGUAUGAGAAAGGUGUUUAUCCAGACCUUUACACGUAUUGUAGCGUGUUCAAUGCAAUAUCUGCUAUAAAAUCUACGCGUUUUGGAAGGGAAGUUCAUGGGAUGGUUUUAAAGUCUGGAUCAGUAUUCAUGAUAAGUGUUUCCAAUGCAAUUGUUGAUGCUUACGCUAAAUGUGAGUUGCUUGAAGAUGUAAGGAAAGUUUUUGAUAGGAUGGAAGAGAGAGAUGUAGUGUCUUGGACAACCUUGGUAGCUGCUUACUCUCAAUGUUCCGAGUAUGAGGAAGCAUUUGUGACCUUCUCAAAAAUGAGGGAAGAAGGGUUUACACCCAAUCAGUUCACUUUUUCUACCGUGCUUGAUGUAAGUGCUAGCCUUUGUUUGCUUGACUAUGGCAAACAAGUCCAUGGUCUUUUAUGUAAGGCUGGCCUUGAUGCUGACAAGUGUACAGAAAGUGCUCUUAUUGACAUGUAUUCAAAAUGUGGCUUCAUAACCGAGGCAAGAAAGAUUUUUGAGAGUAUUUCCAACCCUGAUACUGUUACAUGGACCGCCAUAAUAUCAAGUUAUGCUCAACAUGGUCUUGUGGAAGAUGCUCUACUACUCUUCAGAAGAAUGGAGCAAAUGGGCGUGAAGGCAAACGCUGUUACCUUACUGUGCAUCCUAUUUGCUUGCAGCCACAGGGGUAUGGUGGAGGAAGGUCUACUUUACUUUCAACGAAUGCAGGAAUCUUAUGGUUUGGUACCAAAGAUGGAACAUUAUGCUUGUAUUGUUGAUCUCUUGGGUCGUGUGGGUCACCUCACUGAUGCUAUGGAGUUCAUAGAAAACAUGCCCAUUGAGCCGAAUGAAAUGGUCUGGCAGACCCUGUUGGGAGCAUGUAGGGUCCAUGGAAAUGUUGAGUUGGGGGAGAUAGCUGCUGAGAAGCUUCUUUCAGUUAGGCCAGAGUAUUCAGCUACUUAUGUUCUUCUUUCCAACACAUAUAUGGAGGCAGGGAGCUACGAAGAUGGAAUUAGUUUAAGACAUAUGAUGAAAGACCGAGGUGUAAGAAAGGAAGCGGGAUGUAGUUGGAUUUCUGUCAAAGGUGAAAUCCACAAAUUUUAUGCAGGAGAUCAACUACAUCAACAAAAGGACCAUGUAUAUGCAAAGUUAGAGGAGUUGAUGAUGACAAUCAAUUCAAUGGAUUAUGUUCCAGACGUGAGUAAUGAGUAGUAACUGAAUUUGGAAGAAAACUUGAGGUACUUGGCAGAAGUUGAUAAAAGGAAAAAUAUAUAUAUUUACGUCUUAACAUGACUGAUUCAGCGGUAAAUCUUUCACAAUCAUCAUAAGUGUCAAACUAAUUUUGUAUAGCAACAUAGAAACUUAGUUGUUCAUCUAAAAUUCAUUGGUACCUAACAUGCCUCAUUUCAAGCCAAGGUCAGGUUGGACCCAUAAGGAAGUAGAAAUAGGUAAGCCUAACUAAUUUUAUAAUCUUUGCAUAUCUUUUUUUUAUUAAGUGAUAUUAACAUAAAAUUAUUUUGUAUUAUUGGAAAUCUUAUGAGAUAUAGCAUAUAUGUUUUGUGUUAUGCUAAUAAUAUGUUUACGCUCUCGGUGGUUCUU